GUUAUGCAGGAUGUAUAUAGCAGUGGUAAUAACUGCGGCUCGAGUGGCGCGCUUAAGCCGAGAUAAUGCUCACCUUGAGCGUCUGCGGCCUUUUUUGCUCCCAUCGGAAAAAAGGAAUAGGUUUUACGAAGCUGCGAGUCGGCUGGCAUUUCGAAAGCGCUGCGCCGACGGGCCGAAAAAAGGGAUGAUAAAGGUUUAUUAGAUUUUUUCCGCGGCUGAAGCAAAGCACGGCAGCUGCAAGCGGCUACAAGGCCGCGCGCGAGCCUCGGGAGCUGGAGAGACAAGACAAGACGAGUAUAGAACUGGCGGAAUAUCCAGAAUAUGCCGUGAAAAAGUUGGCGGCAUCUAGCCGCGCGUCAUAUACUCCUCCGCCUCCUCUGCAUCGCGAGCACCGGCAUUUUUAUAAGCUCCAUAAAGUCUGCGCGCCUCGAGGAGAUAGUCAUCGAAAAAAGGCCCGCUCUCCGUCUCUCCUUUAAUUCUCACUUUCACCGCAUCUGCCCGUCUUGCGUCUUGUGCUCCCAGCUAAAUCCCUCACUUUCUCCGUCUCCGUCGUCGUCGUCGUCGUCGUCGGCGGCGUCCGAUUCUGGUUUCUCUCUCUCUCUCUCUCUCUCUCUCUCUCGACCCGCGCGAGUCCCCUGCUUCGAGGUAGGAGGCGGCAUUAAAGUGCUCCACAGGUAUAAAAUUGACUUUUUAUCGCGCACGCCGAGACAGGAAAUUAGUCAGCGACCUUUACGGAGAUUCCGAAAGCCCCUCCUUUUAGCUUCUUUUGCCGAGAUUCGAAUAGCGACUCUAGACUCUCUGGCCGCGGCAUGUCUCAUGUUCUCGAAAGGGGUGUCCUCUGCCGCGCUCUGCACCGCACCACCCUCAUUUAUCAGCUGGCGCGGCAAGCAAGGAUUCGUUAUUUGCGUGCAACUAGGGGAGGAUCGGGCGCGUCGAUCGUUUUGCACUUUUUCAAGGCGCGGAACAAGAAAAGGCUCGAUGCCCCGGUGCACCGUUCGUAGGCGCGCACGAGUCGAUCGUCGCCGGUUCGUUAACCGGUGAGCCGUCGGCGGCGCGGCGAGUUUCGCUUUCGGUUUCGCUUUCGGUUUCGCUUUCGGUUUCGCUUUCAGUUUUGGUUGCGGUUUCAAUUUCACGAGUCUGCUGCUCGUCUAGAGCGGUCAACGUGCGCGCGCUAACAUGUAUCGGAUCGCGAUACGCUCUCGAGUUUAGGCGCGCGCAGACGUCGUCGGAGACAAGUGUGCCCUUCGCCCGCGCACCCGCGCACCCGCGCAACGAGUGUGCUCCAGAGCAAUGUAGACUAAUGAUUCUGUCUGAGUGGGAAAUUGAUCAGCAGCGCUGCUGCGAAGGGGGGAGCUAAAAACUUUGGACGCGCGGGCGGCAAAGGGAAAAGGAAAAAGUUCCUUCCACGAGCAAGCUGGAGGAUUACGAGAAGGAAAAAAGCGAGUGGCAUUGUGCGCGAGGGAUCGGCCGGGAAGAUGGAGUGCUUCUCGACAUCGCGAGUCCCGCGACUUCUAUUCCGCGCAUCGACGCGCGCCGACUUGUAUAAAAAUGCGGAAUUGCACCGGGCGAGCCGCAGGUAGCUCUAUGCUCAUUGCCGUAGAUAAAAUUCUCGUUUGCUCGAGUGCGGCGGCCCGACGGAGAGAAAAAGAGCGAGUCGAGGACGAAAACAAUGCGCGAGUCUCUUGACUCUCUCUCUCUCUCUCUCUCUCUCCCUGUCGUCGUCGCGGCGAAGGGUUCAAAGGUUGUGCGCCGAGGGCUGCGCUACUUGGAACUCGACUGAGUGGCUAUUGGGACGUGCACGAGCUCAAUCUCCCGCAAUCACAACCAUUCGGGAUCGAGAGCGUGCUCAACUGCGGCAGGCGGCGAGGGCUUCUCCAGAGGGAGGGAGAGCGAGAGAGCGCGCUCCUUUCCUCUCCCUCGCGUGCGCGACGCGACGCGGAGGUAGGAGAAAAAUUCGGCUAAUCGUCCAGAUGCGCCGAUCGCGCCCGCCUUUUCGUUCGCGGGGGAGCCGAUCCGAACGGAGCGCUGAGAAGAAGAAGCGAGCUCGCAAGCAGCCGAGUCUGUUUGGAUCGGCGGCGGUGACUGCGCCGCGCGCGCCAGCGGUGGAGGGAGGCGCGCGGCGGUGCGGCGGUGCGGCGGUGCGGCGGUGCGCAGCGACUCGCGAGGAGAUCGCAUCGCUCUCCGGCGGCCAGCCAGCCAGCCAGCCAGCCUGCCUGCCAGCCAGCGGCAGUUUCAUUCAGCGCGCCGUGGAAAGCGGCCGCCUCAGCGAGAGAGGCAGCGAGGAACUCGGGAAUUGCCUCGAUCGCCGAGUAUAAUACUUGUAUACUUAGGUACGCCGAGACGCAUCGCAGCCGCACAGCAGGCCCAUGUGGCAUGGCUGCAGCAUGUUGUGAACGAGCAGGAGCAGCGCUGCAGCGGCUGGCGCGGCCCGCGUGAGAUGACGGGCGUAGUACGAGCCAGGGCUACUACCGGCGCGGCGCUUCUGCUGCCGUUGAUCAUCGCGCUGUUGCGCGCCAGGCCCGCGACCGGGGGCGUAUGCUGGUCGAACGUCAACAGCGCGGGCCGCUGCAAGGAGAUCCUGUCGCAGGGCGUGAGCAAGGAGGAGUGCUGCGGGGGCGCGAACGCCCCGGAGACGACGGCCUACAGCGAGGAGGACUACGACAACGGGGCCCUCUUCUUCUGGCAGGUCCUGGGCGGCGGCGUCAAGUGCGACUCGUGCCGCUCGAGCUGCCUCGGGGUCAGCUGCUCGGAGGGCCGCAAGUGCGUGCUGCGCCGCGGGAUGCCCAAGUGCGUCUGUAGGCCCGAGUGCCGGGAGAGCAAGGCCCAGGCCGAGGGCCCGGUCUGCGGCACCGACGGCCGCACCUACCGCAACGUCUGCAAGCUCAAGAGGCGCGUCUGCAGGAAGGGCUACCACGAGCUCGCCGUCGCCUACGGCGGUCAGUGUCGCUCUUCCUGCCUGGGGGUGCGCUGCCGGCACGGGCGCAGCUGCCUCCUCGACCAGAACCUCAGCGCCCACUGCGUCAAGUGCUCGCGCAGGUGCAGCAUCGGCAGCGCGGGCGGUCAGCCGCAGGAGGCCCAGCAGGCACGAGAAGCCCUGAGGCCGGUCUGCGGCGUCGACGGCAACACCUACAAGAGCGCCUGUCACCUCAGGGCCGCGGCUUGCCGCGCGGGCCGCGCCAUCGCCAUCGCCUACAAGGGCCCCUGUCGCAAGUACACGGACUGCAGGAGCAUCCAGUGCCGGCCGGGGCAGCUCUGCCUGACGGAGCCCCACACCGAGCGGCCGCGGUGCGUCACCUGCCUCUACCGCUGCCCCAGGAACAAAGAGCUCGUGCGCGAGCGCAACCGGCACCGGAACCGCGACUACCAGGAUCCCAGCCCCCUCGCCCUCUGCGCCAGCAACAACGUCACCUAUCCGAGCUGGUGCCACAUCAUGAAGGACGCCUGCCUCACGGGACUCGUGCUCGAGACGCGCCAUGCCGGGGCUUGCAACGCCCGGGACCCUCCUCCCUUUCACGAGAACGCGAGCGCGGCCAAGGAGUUGCAGCUGACGAAGAAACCGAUCGGCAAGGGCAAGCCUUCAAAGUCCAGCGCAGCCACUUCUUCUGCCGCCACCACCACCGCCACCACCACCACCACCACCAGCAGCUCCAACACCACCGCAGCCGCCGCCACUUCUUCCUCCUUCUUGUAAUGGCGUUGGCCCUCGCGGGACGACUUGGUGCAGUUCUUUUAGAUAGACGAGCAAUUUUCGCCAUGACACAGUAUUUAUAUUUUGCCUCUCGCGUAUUAGGCCCUACCCACUCCCCUGCUGCGCGCGCAUGCACAGCGAGCAUCGAGUAUUACAUGCGCGCGGAUCGACAGAAGAUCGAGGCCGGAGGCGUAAUACGGAUAGAGGCGAAUGCAUUCUAAUAUAUAGUGCGGAGUAGAGUCCCAUCGAUCAUGUAGCAUAAUCGUCGUACUUAAUUUAUUUUAUGCCUCACGCGUAUUUCCUGCUGCGACUUUCAUCCUAUCGUCCUUCAUUCGCCGCGAUCUUAAUUAAUUAUUAAUUAACAAUAAUAUAGGUAUAGGCAAAAACGUAUGCACGGAAUACACACUCGACGACAUUGUAUAACUGGCCAUAUUAAUCGCUCUUGCCAGAAUUACAAUUUCCACUCAUCUAACAUCACCAAAUGUAGUCUUUAAUCAAAGCAACAAGUCACACACAAAUUCUAGUAGAAACUAAUUGCAUCUGCCGAGAGUUGCACAAUUUUACUUUUUAGUACGCACCACUACAGUCGGAUGUUUCAUUGUACACACAAUUGUUACGAUAAACGUCUCAAUCCGCCAGCUCUUCAUUCCCACUUUUUUCGCGCGUUUUGCAUGUCUCUAAAAAAUCUUCACCUCGAUGUGCUAAGCAUUAAAAUUGUUGACCGCAGGCAGACAGGAUUCAUUGAAUUGAGUAUAAUGCAAUAACGGUGAAUACUUAUUAUAUCUAACACACGCAAAAUGCAUUACCCUCGCGUAGUGUGUGCCAAGCAUGUCACAUGCUUACGCCGAGGGUUAACGAAAAGUAUGCGAGUAGAUGCGAUCAUAGUUCCUUUUUACGAUACGAUAUAGACGAUAUAGACGAUAUAGACGAUAUAGAUAUUUAAUAUAAAUUAUUCUAGGCUUAAAACAUUAUCGAUAGCAACUAUAUUUGAUCUUAAGAGUAUCGAUAUAGCUCAAUGGUAUUAAGAAUGAAAAAUAGUCGUAUACCCGUUGUACGUUUUAUAGGUAUACAUCGUCCUACUCUAACUCAUAUUUUUCAUCACCUCAUAUUUUACACUCGAAUAAAUAUGUCCGAUUCAUGCCGAAAAUUUUCAAUUAAUCCGUAAGCAUAUUACAUAUACGUAUAUAUCCUAUGUAUAUCUGACAAUAAAAACAACAACAGCGCGCUGUCCACGUUACGCUAUAUAUCUAAAUACACUGUAGCAGUUCAUAACUUAUAAGCCAUCUAUGCACUUGAGAAUUUCUUUGUCUUCGACAUUAUCUCCGUGUGUCUUUAUUUAAAACUUUUUUCCCUUCAUUAUCGAUUAUCGAUUUCCUCUCAAUAUUUUUAUAACUUCGACUCGCACACAAGUAUUAAGGUAGUCCGAGUAUCAAGUCGUUCUUCACGUUGAUGAUAUCGAAAUUUUCAUUAUUUACACCUUUAAUAUAUCUAAUACCUAAAGACUGUAUCAUUAAUAUAUUAGUGAUGGAUUUCGAGACUCGAGAUUUUAUAUUAGGGUUGUGCCUCUGAUAUUAAAUGCUGAAUAAAUGACUGAUAAACAAUCUAUUAGUAUAGUCGGAGCAUGCAAAUACCAAUCAUGAAAUAAAAUUAAUUCUGCUAACAAAAUUGGAUUGUAAUAAAGCUUUAAAAAUUUGAAAAACUCAUCAGAAAGAUACUAUAAUAUAUUAUAAGAAAAAUCUUAGAAAGUUUCUUAUCAAAGUGUUCAUAAUUAUGUAUUAAUUUUUAACAUACAUACAACUGUAAUUAUUUGAAUAUAUUUUUAAUUUAUUGCGAAUGUAUUUAUGUAGUAUACAUUGUUAAGCCUUUUUUAAAAUAAAAAGAUGCUCGUACUACCUUCACUGCUGAUUGAGCAGAUUAUCAUCACCUGACCAAUUCCUUAAUAGACAUUUUAUUUGUGCAUAUAAAACAUUAAAUUUGUGUAAAAAUUUGUGUACUUUGUUGUAAGUAAUUUUGUAAAUAUUUAUAAAUUAUGAAAAUGUAUACUCAUAAAAAGUAGUUUGCAUAACAAUAAUUGAGUUGUUUUAUUAUACCUUCAUUUUUACUAAUUAAGUAAAUGAAUAAAUAAUAAAUUAAUUUUUAGUUUGGCAGGCCAAUGUGAAAAUGUGCUUAUGUGCUUUUUAAUACUUUCUGUAAAAGUUUAUUAUCAAAAGAGAACCUGUGUGGUGAGAAGAAAUUUAGAUACCAACAAAAAAGUGCACUUCUAGACUAGUUUUUAUAAUGCCAUCUUGUUUGCAAAUGUACAAAGGUUUUUUUAUUUCUAAGUUCAUA